GCAGCGGAUACGCUGCAGUAGUUUAUUCCGCGGAAGAAAGAGUGGUUGUGUGAAAGGGUAUGCGAUAUGGAGCACGCGCCCCUGUCAAAUUAGCUUGUGAGAAGGGAGAAGUGUGAAUGAACAAUGGAUUAUGAUUCUAGCACUCACUCCAUGCCUUCAUCAUUUACAGACAGCUUAGAGGCCACCAUGGAAAUAGAGGGACAUUACCCCAGAGUUCUUGCUUUCUCCUGUGUCUCUGACCUUAGAAGUGAAGGAAAAAGCUUUUCUCCUGAUUCUUAUUUAGCAGGUGGUUCUCUUAAGAGGAUUUUGCUGGGGCUGGAUCCCUUUCCAACUGAUUAUGAAGAGGACAUUGUGGAAUUAUUUGAUUUUCAAUGGGUUACUGAAAUUGCUUUAGUUGAAUCUUGUACACUUCUCUUUGGAUUAUUUAGGCAAUUUAUAUACAAAUUAGAAAACCUUGUUCAGUCAAGUUCAUCUGACUUUGGUCAGGCUGCAAACCUUCACUUAGAAGCCCAUAAGAUGAGACAAAAAUGUGUUGAGUUCCUGCAAUAUGUGAAAGUUUUCAUCUUCAGGUAUCUGGAGCCACAUGAAACAGAAGAUGAGUUGUUCCAUCCAUAUGAGAAACAAGAAGCACAACUCCCUUCCUUGCUUGUUGAAGAACUCUAUUCUUUGACACUGCAUAUUGGCCACCUAUAUGAUCUCCCUACUUGCAUUUUAGAAGGAAUUAUUCCGCCUAAAGCAAAGUUAUUUCCUCCAUCAUGGCAUUUGCUGCAUCUCUACAUAGACAUUCACUGGUCAGUGUUGGAAAUCCUCCAUCUUCUUGGUGAAAAGAUGCAAAGGCAAACCAUAUAUGCACACAGGUUUACAAAUUUAACUGGAGAAAAUCUAACCAAUAUCAGUUUGUUUGAAGAUCACUGUGGAAACCUGUUACGUGAUCUGAUAAGUUUGUCACUUAAGAGAUAUCCAAAGGUUAGGCUCUCUGAAGCUCUUAUUACUCACCACUAUGGUUGUAUCUGUAUAAAAGAGCUGUGGGUUCUGCUUAUUCAUCUGCUUGACCACAGAAAUAAAGGAUCUCUUACAGAGACUUUUUGGAACUGGCUAAAUAAAAUUCUAAAAAAAGUAUUCGAAAAAAACAGUGGUACUGAUGCAGUAUCUGUCUUUGAAUCAAUUCCAUGCAAGGAUCCAUUGAGUUUUAGUUGGUGGAUUAUAACCCACUUGGCAUCACUUUAUCACAUUGACCGGAAUGGAUAUAUAGAUGAAAAGAAACCAAUAGAAUCUAACUGGCCUUAUGUUGAAGAUCUGCUGAAACAGUCAAUCAAUAAUCAAGCUGGAAUUUUAGAAGAACAGUUACGAAUGCAUCUUCAGUGUUGCUUGAUGUUAAGCCGUAUCUGGGAUGUAAAUCUCACUAUCGUCACCAUACUUUGGGAACAUAACAGCAAAAAUCUGAACAAUCCCUUUACCAUUCCUUGGCUUGGUCUCAAAGGUCUUGCAAAUAUUAGCAAGACACCCUUGUCUAUGUAUGAGUUGAUAAAGAGCUGUUGCGGUGACAUACAUACACCUGACAUGUAUAUGUCCUGCAACAGUUUCCAAUUUUUUCUUCACAUUUUGGCACAAAUAAUGAAGAAAGCAGGCAAGAUCAAUGGUGUUCAUCCAUGGAAGCAGAUCAAAGGAAGAAUUUAUUCCAAAUUCCACCAGAAAAGAAUGUGUGAACUGACGGAAGUUGGGCUUCAAAAUUUCUUAUACCUUUUCCUGGUGCUGGCAGUCCUAGCAGAGACCGAAGAUGUUGCCAGCCGCAUGAUGGAACUUCUGCGUUUCCUCAGUCCCAUUUCAACUAGUGUUCCUCAGAAGGCUCUGAUCUGGAAAGGUUACUUUGCCUGCAUCUUAACAUACAUUGACAAGAGCAUGGACAUCAGUAUGCUUGCUGAGCAACUCUCAGUGGCUUUCUGUGAAAAGGCAAAGGAAUUCUUAGUCGCAAGAAAUGACCUCUUGCAGAAACAAAACCUUUGGAUGCUGCUUUCCACGUAUGUUGAUGGUGUCCAAGAAGUUUUUGAAAGCAGCUUAUACCUGAACCUUUCUGAAGAAAAGCUGCUGAGUGAUGGUUUUAGCAUGUUGUUGCCAGGUUGCCGAGGAGCUGAACUGGCAGCAGUGUUAAACUUCCUGCAAGUUGUUUUGUUCAGGCUGAGAACAGCACACAAACAGUUAAACCAGGAACUUCUGUUAGGGAAUCCAGGCCCCAAUGCACAGCCUUCAUCAGUGGCGAAAGAGCACCACCUUGCUGCUGCCAAAGCUCUCUGGAGAAAUUUCUUUCCAUAUUUGAAGGGCCAGAGGAUGAUGAAGACUCCCCCUCCUCAGCUUGCAGAUACAGCUGCAGGUUUGACUUUGUUGGCUUUGGAUUUGCCCGGUGCAUGCACAUCAGAUCUUCAGCCUCAGCCAAUUAUAUCUAUGAUGCAGUUGUUUGGAUGGGAUGAUAUAGUUUGCCCUCAGCUGGUCUCAAGGUAUCUAACUCAUCUGAUACAAAAUAGCGCACUGACUGAAGCUCUUACUGGCAUAGGUCAUUCAUCUUACCAAUCCUUGUUUGUUCAGUCUUGGUUUCGAUGCAUUUUACAAAUGUUUAUCAGUCAGCCUCCUGAGACUUUGAUCAGAACAGAUGCUGACCAAACAACCCAUAAGGCUUAUAUGGAGCAACUGACUGAACUCACAAGAUUGAUAUUCAAACUACCAGAAGUAGUAACUCUCUUCUCAAAGGCUCGCAUUGAUGAGUCAGUCUACAAACAAGAUCCUAAGGAUGCUAUUUUCCAGUUCAUUGAGGCUAUUGGAAAAAAUUACAGUGGUCUUCAGCAUCUGCCUGAAAAAUCAGUCAUGGUGACAAAAGCGCUCGUAUAUCUUGGUGAUAUAUUAAAAUAUGUAAAACCCUACUUAAUAAAGAAAGGGCCUGCAGAAGGACUACAUCUCACCUACAAGAUAAUAG